GGAAAAGUAAGACAUUUCCAGAAGACAUUUUUUUACGAAUAGUCGAAGCCACGUUGCAGAGUUAAACAUGAAGAUCACCUGUCUACUUCUUGGUCUGAUAGUCACAGUGUGUGCAGAUCUGGACCAUGCCACGAAUCGGCUGUGGCUCCAUUCGGACACUGACCGAGAUGGUUUCCUCUCGGAGAACGAACUCGCCUCAUUCCUCAACAGAUGCGACGCCUAUUCCAGAGUGGACCAUCUAGUUACCCAGAAUGAAUUAGACCCUACAGCCACAUCAUCUUCAAGGCAUUUGAUGUCAACCACCGACACACCAUCACCAUUAACGACGCCGAAGUCAGCGCAAUUGUCAACAAGUUUGACACUAACGGCAACGGUGUGGUGAGCCAAACAGAAUUCGAGACAUUCAUCAAACAGCACGUUCAUAAGCAUACACAAUGAAGGAUACACAGGACAAUGAUUUCAUGCACGUGCAUAUUCACAUGUAAAACAAUAAGGUGCAAUAAAAUAUAACAGAUCUGUU